UGCUGCUGGAGACAUCUGGUAUUUCCAGGGGAACCUGAACGCCGCGUGACGCCGAGCUGGGAUCACCAAGCUACUGGCUUCCAGAAACGUCCACACUUGUCCCGCAUUUAGAGACUCCUACACGGGCAGAAGACUGACAGGUACCCGGAAGGAACGUAAAGCUCAUCCUCGGUAAUGUCUGUGUUGCUUGCGGUAGCUCUAAUUAAAGAGUUUUAAGACGUUGCUCACGAACUUGUGCCGCCAAGCUUCUUCUUCGCGUCCCAAAGCCGAAAACGGCGCAAUGACCCAGAAAACGAAAGUGAAGUGUUGGCUGGAGCUGAAACAAGCCGGCAAUGACCGCUUCAAGGCGGGCCAGUAUGGAGAAGCCACUCACUUCUACAGCCAAGCCAUCAACCAGCUGAAAAAGGACAGUCCAAAGAACGUGGAGGAUCUGAGUGUCUUGCACUCCAACCGCGCCGCCAGCUACCUCAAAGACGGAAACUGCGCAGAAUGCUUGAAAGACUGCAAUGUGUCACUGGAGUUGGUCCCGUUCAACAUCAAGUCUCUGCUCCGCCGGGCUGCCGCCUGCGAAGCGCAGGAGCGCUACAGGCGGGCGUACGUCGACUACAAGACUGCCCUGCAGAUUGACGCCAACAUAGCCGCCGCCCAUGACGGCACUAACAGGAUGAGCAAAGCUCUGGCGGAGGCUGAUGGUCCCACGUGGCGAGAGAAGCUUCCUCCCAUCCCCACCGUCCCCCUGGCGGUCCGAGAGAAGAUGGGCCGGCGGUGCGCCGCCACGUCGCAGCAGAACGGCGCCACACAAAGCCACAAACCUGCCCCCAGUGAGGAGGAUGUGCGGCGAGGACGUGCCCUCAAGGAGGACGGCAACGCCCUCGUCAAGAGAGGAGAACACGCCAAGGCCGUGGACAAGUACACGCAGAGCCUCCGACACGACCCCGCCCAGGCCGCCACCUUCACCAACCGGGCGUUGUGCUACUUGUCGCUGAGGCAAUUCCACGAUGCCAUCAGAGACUGCGACGAGGCGCUGAAUAUUGAUGGCGCCAAUGUCAAGGCACUGUAUCGUAGGGCGCAGGCUCACAAGGAGCUCAAGGAUAUGAAAGCGUGCAUGGAUGACCUCCGCAAGCUCCUGGAGGUGGAGCCAACGAACACGGCGGGCAUCAAGCUGCUGCGGGAAUUGCAGAAGAAGUGACAUCUUCGAGUAUGCACGUUGAGAAACACGUCACGGCUAUGAAGAGAGCUGGGGACGUGUUUAUUUAUGACGGGAACGUGGUGCGUUUCUCCUCCUUUUAUAUUGAAUGGGUGGAGCUUUUAUCCAUAAAGACAAUGUGUAUGCUGUUUAGCUCCUCCCCUUUCAUCAAUCCCUCAAUGUUGGUGGCCAUCUUUGCUCAAGUGCCUGAAAUCCUCCUCAAGCCACUGCUGUAAAUGUUGGUUUUAUUUUCUUUUAGUCAACCAGCAUUAAUAAAGCAAACAUUUUUCACCAUUUAACACGUUUUGGAUGACCAAAGCAGCCUUCUGAUUGGGUGGAAGAGCGCCCAGUUGAGAUACAUGCAUCAGUGCACUUCAAUACACUAUACCCUAGGUUCCCAAAGUGUUGUCAUAAGGGGUACGUGAAUAAAAAUAAACAAUUAGCACCUAACUCUCUCGACUGCGCAAGGAGAAUGGAGCUAUAUAAGUGAAAGACCAUUUACCAAGCUGUUAAUUGCUCUGUGUGCAUCAUAUGAACAAAUAAGUUUGAUGAUUAUUUCAUACAUUGAGUUUAAUCUUAAAUAUUUCAUUUAUAUCGGUGUUCCAAUCCCCGCACGGCGCAGGAGUGAAAACCUGGGAGUGCAGCUUUAUCGUUGGUAUGUAUUUUUGUACUUCGGAUACUGCUUCAUUGUGAUUGUUAAACUUUGCCUUUCAUUUUGGUACUAAAUAUGCAGAUUUAAAUGAUAGCCAUCGUGAGUGGACAAAAAAAGUGAAGCUCGAGUUCAAUCAAUUCAAAACGGAAGGAUGCCAACAAGAAAUGAGCCUGCGUUUUUAUAUCUUUGGAACGCACUGAAAAGAAAGACGUGUGCGGCAUACACAUACACCUCUUAAGAUAUGGUUGUAGUCCACUAAUAAAGAAAAACACCCAACACGUCGUUUCCGUGUGGACGAAAGGCUGAAACGAUAAAAUACUUUGCCGUUUUGACCUGAAAACGUUUCCGUGAGGGCUAUUCACGAGUGCACUCGUCUUGUCCAGCUGUGCUCUUCAGACCGCCAGUGAUGAACAUGGUUAAAGACGCUGGGGGGGAAAGUGCCAGCAAAUGACGUGAAUGAGAGCAGUGAUGUUUCAGAACUGAUAAAACCUUUAUUUCACUUUAAAUUGUCUUUUACAUUUUGUCCUGUUGAUAACAUGUAAAGUAGAACCUAGAGUUUUUAAAGACACAAAUCUACUGCUAGCUCAAUCAGGGUAGCGAGGGAGGGGGGGGGAGGGAAAGGGAUGCAUCUUUUUUUUUCGUCAUUUUCUCCUUUUAUUGAAGCUAAGUCAAAAUGUUCACAAGCACGUGCGCGCUAAGCAACAAAACCGUCACAGAAGCAGUUUUUUUAGGUAAAUUUUGUUUUAAAUUAGGAGAAUACUGGUAAGAAAAAGGUGAAGGAGCAGAUACACACUCACGCACACACACAGGCUGGCUGCAACAGUCAUCCUUUGUCUCUGUGCAGCCAACAAGCGGCGCUCUCAUUAGCUAAUAUAUCAAAGAGGGUGUGGCAGGAAGUUUUCUUUCUAUUUUUUCAACUUGUCAAUGCAUUAAAAGAUGUUUCUCCCCAGCCAAGCAAAAGACCCCUACAGCAUGGAAUGUCCAGAUGCUCGUGGAGAGGACGUGGUGACACUGAGCGACUUUGGAGGGAAAGUUCUUCUAACUUUUGAUGUUGGUUGAUCAAAUCAUUCUGCUUCAUUGAUGAGGGAUUCGUGAAGCGCAUUUUCAUUUCAAAGCUCCUGAUUGGUCGUGCAGUGAUGAGGAUGUGUGAGGUCCCGGUCGCUAUGGACGCCAACGUAACGAUGGAAUGCACGAUCAACCGCUCGCUCGCUCGUCGGUCAGUGUCACGAUGCGACCUCGUGGGACGCCCUGCCCCCCCUUCUGUAUAAAAGUCAGCAGAGCCGGUGCGCCCCCCUCCCCGCGUGACCCCAAGUGAGGAAAGACUCAUCAGCAUCACAGUGUUUGUUGAAAAUAAACACACAGUUUAAUAACCUUUUGUCUUGUUUGGAUUAAAGUGGAAUAAAAGCAGCCAGUGGGCGGGACUAAGAAGCCAAGAGACAGAAAGGAGGCGGAGCUCGCUGGGGUAGAGGGGGCAGAGAUUGGAAAGAGGAAAGAUAGAGCAAAUUAUUUCACUGGAAUUAAAAAAAACAAAAACAAAAAAAAAA